AUGAGCCAAGGACAAAGCUCAGGCAAGCAGAGGUACGCCGACAAGUACCGCACAGAGUUGGAGCGUCUGAUACGCGUUUACGAACCGGAAAACAAUUUAACAGCCGCGCGGCUGCUUGAAUUAUAUGCGGGCAUGGAGCAUGAACUUGUCGAAUGUUAUCGUCACUAUUACACCGGCAAAGACAGUUUUCGCGUGGCUCUCGCCAACAACCAGGAUGCCACCAACUCUUCGCACAUUUCAUCGUUUAAACCGCUACAUCUGCCCACAUCGGCCAUGGGAGCCUAUCUGCGGGCCAAAUUGCAGUCAAGACGAAGCGGUGCGGCCCGUAAUGCCAAAUUGGAGGAUAUACGUGGCCCGACUGCUGUCGAGAGUCCGAAUUGGAGACGUGCUGUGGUCGUUGUACAUCGACGGCGAUCUAACAGUCUCUCUGCCAGGCAACAGCACGAAAGAGGUUCUAACUUUGAGAUCGACGAGACCGAAAUGCUUCAGCACCGACGCUUAGGUCGAAGCAGCUCGUAG